AUGUCAGACCCCCCCAACAACAACCAAACCACGUUUAGUGGCGGCGACCCCCCUGCCGACAAUAAUUAUACCGACAAUAAUAAUGAACAGACUAAUAUUAAUGAUAUGCAAAAAAUUAUUGCUGUUGAACUGAAGGAGAAAGAAAGUUCUCAUUCCAGAGGACCUCAUUCUCAUGAAGCUCAUCACAUCAAACCCUCGACAAAAAUCCAAAAAAAUAAUGAAAAACCAGACUCCCAUAAAAAAAUUGAAACUAUCCACAAAAAGCUUGAAUCGAAUGAUAAGCAUAACGCUUCUUCAAACCACGAAACCCCCGUUGAAACCCCUAUUGUGAAUGUUGGUCCAACCUUGAACCCUACCUUUGACUCCUCACCAGAUGGUGGUGAUGUUGAAAUUGACGCAACACCAUCACGUGACAUGGAUGUUCUCAUGCCGGAUGCAAAUCCAUUUGGUGAUAAUUCUGAAGCCUGGGAAUACAUCUUAAAACUUAAGGAUGUAUUUCUGGUUGAAUUGUCUAUUGUUAAAGAAGACUUGAGUAUUACAAUUGAAGAUUGGGAAAUAAAAUUUCAAAAUCUUGAACUUAAAAACAAUGAGUUAGCUAAACAACUCAUUGCUUUGACCGAAAAGCUUAAAGCUUCAAAAGGACAAGUGAAUUCUCUUCGCUCAGAACUUGAUGUUUUGAGAAACAAUCAGGUUCACACAGAAGUUAAACAUCUACGCAAAAAGGAAAUCAAGAGCGCGGUAAGAAAAGUCGACACUUUGCCUUUUGCUUUGACCCCUAAAACCCCAAAUGGAACAACUCCAAAGUUGAAAGACAUUAUGAAGGCUCAAAAACAACACCGUGAAACUAAAGUUGAUGAAGACAAACCCACUUUUAGAGUGUGCAUAAGAAUUCCAGAUACCAUGAAAAGAGUUAAUAUCCCUGCGAUUGGAAAGAAAAUUGAUGCGGUUGCACAAAAGCCGGUGGCUCAGGAAAUAGGCUAUACUGUCAAAGGGCAUUUAUAUGUUCAACUUAAUGACAAAGAUUUUGCUGAUAAAGCUGCAGAAUGGAUCCCCAAAGUUGACCCUACUUAUUCAGUGCUUGACACAGAUUCUUGGUACAAGGCUGUACUUCAGGAAAUACCUAAUACGGCAUCGAUUGAAGACUUGAAAGAAACUCUCUACAAUUUUAAUGAUUACCAUAUUGUUUUGAAUACCGAACCCAAAAUCAUUAGCAGAAACCAAUUUACCCAAACAGCAUUGGUUUCAUUCAGAAAUGCCCAAGACUAUGCGAAGUGUGCUGAUAAUCUUAUUAUCCAGUACACAAAAGUUAAAGUUAGACCUUUUAUUAGCAGGAAAAAAACUCCUGAAGAACUCCAAGCUAUGCCAUUAACUACUAAAAUUGAAAAGUUUACAAAUCGAGAUAUGGUUACCAUUUUGGUUAAAGACAUUACAAUUGUCAAUGUCUAUAAUCAACCGAAACCAUCCAAGAAAUACCCUGAGCCACCGGUUUUUGAGUUUCUCAAACGGGAGAUCAAGGAACAAUACUCAAAGAUUGUCAUUGCAGGUGAUUAUAACUUACAUCACAAGGAAUGGGAGUCAAGGGCAGGUCCGAAUACGGAAGCAGAUGAAGUUGUUGAGUGGCUACAUGAAAAUGAUAUGAUGUUAAUUACUCCAAGAAAUCAAAAAACAUACAACAAUAGAACCAAUAUUGAUUUGGUUUAUGGCUCAGUGGACUUACUUCAUAGAAUUUCAUUUAGUGGAGUGGAUGAAAAUACACUAAGUGAUCACUCAAUUGUGGAGUGGGACAUCUAUAUGUCUCAGAGUAAAAACGGGGAUGAAGUUUUUACUUCGGUGAAGAGAUUGAAUAUUAAGAAUGCAGAUUGGGAAAAGUUUGACAAGGAGCUUUCUUCUGCCAUUAAAGAUUUUAAUGUGCAUAACAAAACUCUAAAAUCAACUGACCAAAUUGAUGACCAAGCUAAAGUUCUUGAGGAGGUUGUAAAAAGAGCAAUGGCAAAGUCGAUGAAGGAAGUUAAGGUGAUGAAAAAGUCCAAACGCUAUUGGAAUCAAGAAUUAAGGGAGAAGUUAGAAAAAGCGCUAGAAGCUAAGAGGGAAGCCCGUCAAAGGCAACCUUCUUUGGCUUUGAAACGACAAAAAAUUGAAGAGGCGAAAAAAGCUAGAAAAAUUUUUGACCACAGUUUGCGUGAAGCAAGUACUGAGCAAUGGAAUAAAUAUUUGUCUAGUUUAGAAGGAAAUGACAUUUGGAAGAUUUUGAAGUAUAUUAAUCCAAAAAGCAAUGAUACCAUUAUACCACAAAUUAGAAAAGAAGAUGGAACUCUCACUACUACUGUUGACGAAAAAAGACAUGAAAUAUGGAAGGCACUUCUACCUGAAAUUGAUCAUGGUCUUGAUAGAGAGUUUGAAAUUGAUGACGAUUCUCGAUGGCCAAAAUUAGAGUUUGAUGAAGUUGACUCUGCAUUGGCUGAUACCCCAAAUGAUAAAGCUCCAGGAGACGAUGGAAUUACUGGCAAAGUUUUAAAGAUGGCAUGGCUGAAUAAAGACUUUAAGGAAAGGUUUCUCAAGCUUCUCCAAGCUUGUGUGAAGUUUGGAUACCACCCAAAAGUCUGGAGACAUGGCAUUAUUGUUGUUAUACCUAAACCUAAGAAACCUGACUAUUCAAAGCCAAGAGCAUACCGACCAAUUUCCUUACUUAAGAUUCCAUCUAAAGUACUGGAAAAAAUUAUACAAAAAAGAAUGACCAAGCUUACAACACACUUACUUCCACCAGAGCAAUAUGGGGGAAGACAAGGUUAUUGUGCUACUGAUGCUGUUUUGGAACUUGUCCAAAGAAUUGUAACUAGUAAGGAAAAAAUUUCAGCUAUGCUCAUUGAUAUUCAAGGAGCUUUUGAUAAUGUUAACAGAAAUAUAUUGGCACACACAAUGGAGGAUAUGAAACUACCCAAAGCACUUAUAAACUGGACGUACCAAUUUGUAAGUGAAAGAGAAGCUAGUAUGCUCAUGGACCGAAGAAAAGGAUCAGUACAAAAAAUUAGUACUGGAAUUCCGCAAGGCUCACCUAUUUCACCACUACUUUUUUUGAUAUAUUCCACACCAAUGUAUCAUGCCAUUAAAGAAUGGGGUGGAACUCCUUUUGGCUUUAUUGAUGAUGUGACUAUUACCGUUGAAGAUGAGAAAGUGCAACUUACUUUACCUAAUGGAGAACUUCGUGAACCCCAGAAGGAAGUUAAAUUGCUUGGAAUUACUUUGAACAAUCUGCUUGAUUUUAAAUCUCAUAUUUUGAAUAAAAUCAAUAAAGCAAGAAAAGCUGUUGGUGCUAUUUGGCAUCUUGGUGGCGUGCAAAAGAAUAUGGCUUUAAGAAGAAUUGUUGGUGCUUAUCGCACAACUCCUAUUGCGGUACUACAAAAGGAAGCUGGUAUUAUGCCAUAUAGUAUUAGGCUAAAAUUUAUGGUGGCACGAAAAGCUAUUCGUUUACACCUAAAUAUUAGCAAAACUAAUCCUAUUAAUGGUCAUUUGUUAACAUUGAUUGAGAAAUCUCCAAUUGCAAAGCUAACCACGCUUUACAUGUUGGCGAAAGAUGAUAGAGACUAUAUGAUUAAAAUGGAUGAAAACGAAAAUGCAAGAGGGUUGAACCUCUUACACUGA